ACCCGCUCAAAUACUAAACCCAGCCCACCACAUACCAUUUUUCCUCGUAAUCCUUUUGACUACACGCCUCUCUGGUCAAAGUCUUAUUAAUCCUCCUCUCUUCCUCUAGGGUUUGUUUUUCGUUUUUCUCUCCCAACAAACCCUGCCCAAUUCCCCCCUCUCUCUCUUUUUUAUUUAUUUAUUUUUGGUAUUUUCAUUCCAAUUUCGCUAUUCCCUUCGUGGGUUUUUUUUUGUUUAUUUCGUGAAUUGUUUCGGGAUUUGAAGAUGAAAGUGAGCGCCGAUGAUGUCUGGCCUCCCGGCUUCAGGUUUCACCCCACCGAUGAGGAGCUGGUCGUGUACUAUCUCAAGAGGAAGAUCUGUAACCGAAAGAUCAAGCUUGAUAUCAUCCGUGAGACUGAUGUUUAUAAGUGGGAUCCUGAAGAACUUCCUGGGCAAUCAUUGUUGAAGACGGGGGAUAGGCAGUGGUUCUUCUUCAGUCCAAGGGAUAGGAAGUACCCUAAUGGAGCAAGGUCAAAUAGGGCAACUCGACUUGGGUAUUGGAAAGCCACCGGAAAGGAUCGCAUCAUAACAUGUAAUGCUCGUAAUGUUGGAGUGAAGAAAACCCUUGUUUUCUAUAGAGGCCGUGCACCAAACGGCGAGCGUACUGACUGGGUGAUGCAUGAGUAUACCUUGGAUGAAGAGGAACUCAAGAGGUGCCAGAAUAUACAGGAUUAUUAUGCACUUUAUAAGGUCUUCAAAAAAAGUGGACCUGGUCCUAAAAAUGGUGAGCAAUAUGGGGCACCAUUUAAAGAGGAAGAGUGGGUUGAUGAUGAAGUAGAUGUUACCAAAGCUGUUGAACCAGAUAUUCCUGCAAAGCAGCUGAAUGGAGGAGCUGAUCCUGUUGAUAGUGGGAGAGCUAAUGAUCAAGUGCCAUCUAUAUUAGAUGAUCUUGAUGAAGUUAUAAGACAGUUCACCGACAAUCCUGAACCACAAAUCAAUUAUGGAUAUGAAUUACCGGAGGUUUUUGGUGAAGAAGAGGCGCAAAGUACUUUGCUAAACUCAUCAGCUAGGGAAGUUAUCUGUCCUCAGCAGGAUAGAGUGUGUGAUGAGCCGGCAAGCUUUGAUUUCACCCGGUCAGCUUCAUCUAAUUUGCAACUGUAUGAGGCAUCUGAGGUCACAUCUGCUCCUCCCCAUAAUUCUGAGCAGGUAUUAGAGCUAUGCGAGGAGGAUUUCCUGGAAAUGGAUGAUCUGAUUGGUCCUGAACCUACUGUUUCUGCUGUCGAGAAACCGGUGGAGAACUUGCAGUUUGAUGAGUUCGAUGGAUUGAGUGAGCUUGAACUGUACCAUGAUGCAGCCAUGUUUCUUAAUGACAUGGGGCCUGUUCAUCAGGAAAUGAGUGUGCUGGGGAAUGAUGUGCUAAACCAGGUGGAUCGUCAGUUCCAACCUAAUUCUCUGGUAGAUCAAGCGGAUCAGCAGCUGCAACAAAAUUUUGCAAUAAACCAGGUUGAUUACCAAUUCCAGUCCGAUUCACUGGUAAACCUUCUGGAGCAUCAAGUGCAACCAUAUUUCAUGGUAAACCAGGUGGAUUACCAGUUGCAGUCUGGUUCAUCUGGCACAGAUCACACCAGCACUCAACCAUGGAUGCAGCAGCUACAUAGUAAUAUUUUUACUCCAGCAGAAUCAAAUCAGGGGAUUCUGUACCCCGCAACUUCAGGUACUGCACAAGAAUUUACACAACCUCUAGCUGAAGCAAAUCAAACUCAAAAUGGCCAAGAGGGUGGUGGAGGUGCAUCAGGUUGGUUUUCUUCCUCUUUGUGGGCUUUUGUGGAGUCAGUACCUACCACUCCCGCUUCGGCGUCAGAGACUCCUUUGGUAAACCGGGCGUUUGAGCGAAUGUCUAGCUUUAGCAGAGUAAGAUUAAAUGCUAGAAACACCAAUGUUGCAGGACGUGAUAGCACUGUAACAAGAAGGCAAGCAGGUAGUAGUAGAGGAUUCUUAAUUUUAUCCAUUCUCGGUGUAUUGUGUGCUAUCUUAUGGAUGUUAAUGGGAAGUGUGAGAGUCCUGGGGAGAUGCAUAUUCUCCUCUUAAUAUUAUGUAAAUUGGGAAGAAAAAAAAAGGAAAAAAAAGCAUCUUUUUUCUGCUAA